AUUUAAUGCCCAAAACUGUAUCACGUAAUAUCGUCUGCAAGUGUGUGUACAUUCAUUUUUUUUGUUUAAUUGAGCCCGUAUCAGACGGGUUCUGUUUAAAACAAUGUUUUAUGACACAAUUCGAAAUCGCCAACAUAGUAUGGACAAAUAUAUUUUAUAAAAUCCCGACAGCGCUGUUUUAUCGGCAAUUUUGAAUCUCAAAGGUCUUUAAUCGAAGGUGGUGCAGAACAAGCCAAUCGUGAGUCGACAUAUAUUCGCUGCUCCUCGAGUAUCAAAUAAUUUCCCUCCAAAGAGGCUUUGCGCACACUGCCAGCGGUGACGCUGUGUUUAUUAAAUUGAACUUUCAAAUCCUAGCAGUCGUUUUCGUCGAAUGUGUUGCUGCGUGCGUCGCAUGGUCUGCAGGUACGUUUGGCCUGUGAAGCGCAAGAAAGCUUGAAGACGCAAUUUAUUCAGUGGUUGAAUAAAUUGCGCGCCGAACAACGACGCAUAUCUUUGGCCAGUGUGAUGAGCGCGAAGAGAUUCUGUCUGUUAAUCGCUUCGUCCCUCGUGUUGUACGCCGUGGUCACAGCGCUCGUCAAGACAAAUUACAUUCCGUUUGGGCAAACGCGUAAUUUUUUGAGGAUGCAAUUUAUUCAACAUGGAAUGAUCAACAGUAGUGAAAUUACGCGUAACGCAAACACGAAGCUCGAAGAUGCGUCUCCAUCGACGCGUACAUACUCACAGCAACUUGGAAACUUACAAUUCCGUCUCAAGUACAACGUAUCGCUCUCUCCUGAUUGCUACGCGAUAACCCGUCCAGCCGAAAGCGGGAAUUCAAUAUCUCUCGCAGUAGACAGGAAAUUCAUAAGCCAGCAUGAGACUGCGGUUGAAAUAGCGAGCAAGCUGGGAAAACCUGUGAAGCGUUUUCCAACCACCUUAAUCAUCGGUGUACGAAAGGCUGGUACCCGCGCUUUGCUGGCUAUACUCAGGCUGCACCCGCAAGUGAAAUCGUGCGGGCCUGAGGUGCAUUACUUCGACCAACGGUACCCGCGCGGUGUGCAAUGGUAUUUAGAACAAACCGCAAAGGUACGAAGCGAACAACAGACCAUCGAGAAAACCCCCAGUUAUUUCGUGGUUCGAGGCGUGCCCGAACGAGUUCUAGAGUACUCGAAAGCCAUCAACAAAACUCUAAAGUUUCUGGUCAUCUUCAGAGAUCCUACGAUACGCGCUGUGUCGGAUUACGUCCAACUCAACCUGGGAGUUCAAGCGAAAUACAAUCGAGUGUUGAAACCAUUCGAGAAGAUGGUUAUGAAGAAUAACUCCGCAUUCGAGAUCGACACUUCAUGGGGUGUUGUGAAGACGGGCGUUUACUCAAAACAUUUGGAAAGAUGGCUUCGGUACUUUCCGCGGGAAUGGUUUCACUUCGUGAGCGGCGAAGAGCUGGUUCGCGAUCCUUUCCAGGAAAUUAAAAAAGUCGAGAAAUUCCUAGAAAUUUCACCGUAUUUCCAGAAAUCAAAUUUCGUCUUCAACGCACAGAAAGGUUUCCCUUGCUUUCGCGGAACGGAGAAUAAAAACGAGCGAUGCCUGGGGAAGACUAAAGGACGGGCACACCCAACGGUCCAUCCCAGAAUUCUAAGCGAGCUUCGUAGCUAUUACGCACCGUUCAAUGAACAGCUGUACAAAAUGACAGGAAGAAAUUUUCAGUGGCCGUAGCACUGUUUGAAAUUGCGCGCCAAACGUUAGACUGAUAUUAUUUAUUAUUUGUAUAUAAAGUAUUAUUCUGUUUUCAUUGAUAAGAAAUUGUUUUACAU